UCUCAAUAUGCAAACUCAGUCUUCUUAAUAGUUAAAGAGUUUAAUAAUAUAAACCAGAGCAGAAAAGAAAAUACUCUGAAGUUUAUUAAAGAACAAUUUGAACAGAUUUACAAAAAAGAAAAAACAAAUCAGAAGGCAAUUAACAAAUUAACUAGCAAUCUUGCACAAGUUUUAGAAGAACUAACCACUAGCUUAAUCAAACUUAUUAUACAAAAAAAGA